GACCCCGCGCGCCGGGUCUCCGCGGCCCCCUGGACCCGCAGCGGAUCCCGGCCCGGCGCCCGGGAGCGGCGCCGGGAGCGCGGGCGGGCGGGUGGGAGGCGACAUGGGGAAAAUCCAGUCCAAGCACGCCGCUUCAGCCUUCAAGCGAAGAGAGAGCCCGGAAGGGGACAGUAUCGUGGUGUCUGCGUACAUGGGCGGCCGCAGAGGUGCAGAGGAGGCAGAGCGGCGGGGCUGCGCGGAGCACGGCGCCAGGGACAAGCAGGAGCUGCUGGGCGGGGACCCCAGGGAAGGGCCUUUCCGCGACAACCAGUGUCCCCUCGAGGUGGUGCUGCCUCCUGAGAAGGCCGAGGCCCGCGAGGGGCCAGGACAGCUCUUCUGCGUGGACGAUGGAGAGAGAGCGGCGAGCCGCGAGGGCGCCCGCGGGCUGGGCAAGCGGCGCCUGAAUGUGGACGCAGUCCAGUGCGACGUCUCAGUGGAGGAAGACAAUCACCAGGAGUGGACAUUCACGCUCUACGGCUUCGACAACAGCGGCAAGGCCACCAGAGAGGACAUGUCCAGCCUGAUGCACACCAUCUAUGAAGUCGUCGAUGCCUCAGUCCACCACUGCUCGGGCAGCAGCAAGACCCUCCGUGUGAAGCUAACCGUCAGCCCCGAGCCCUCCAGCAAGAGGAAGGACGGGCCCCCUGCCGCCCAGGACCGCGAGUCCAGUCGCUGCAGGGCGGAGGCGGAGCUCAGCGAGGACCCCAGGGUGGCCGACAGGAGGCUGUCUGCACACGUCCGGAGGCCCAACGCCGACCCCCACCCCUGCUCAGAGCGGGGGCCCUACUGCGUGGACGAAAACACGGAGCGGAGGAACCACUACUUGGACCUGGCCGGAAUCGAGAACUAUGCAUCCAAGUUCGGACCAGGGUCCCCCCCGACGCAGGCCCGGCCGGAGCCCCCCGCCAGGGCCUCGCACCCGCAGGGCCGGUCCCGCUCGCAGGAGUCAGACGUGCACGCCGCCCACCAUCGCCGCUGCCCGGGGCUGGCCGAGUUCGCCCUGCCGGCCGCUGAGCCGCUGCCCCGGGCCCUGGACCUGCCGCCCCGGCCGAAGGGCCCCGAGCGGCCGUUCCUGAGAUCCCCCCCGGGCUCGGGCCGGCCGCCUGGCGCACCCAGCGGGCUCAGGCCCGGGCGGUCCUUCAGCUUCCACCCGCCCGCCCCGCUGCCGCAGGCGCCCCUGGAGGCCCAGCCCCUCCCGCAGCCGCCGCCCCCGCCCUACGGCCACCGGCGGUGCCGGCAGAGGGCGCGGGAGGGCCACUCGCCGCUGAAGGCCGCGCCGGGCCCGCCCGCGGCGCUGGAGCACGAGCUGCCGCCCGCGCUGCUGGGCGAGGCCUUCGCAGGGCCGGCCGUCCAGCGGCAUGAACACCACCACCACCACGAACACCACCACCACCACCACCACCACCACCACGCGGCCUAGGCCCCCGGCCCGGCCCCACCCUCCUCGGCCAGCGGCCCGAGGCCCUGGGUGUCCCCCCAACCAAGCUUUAUGUGUCGUCCCUAAACACGCGUUCGCUUUCAGAUGCCUGCGCCUGCUUCUGUCGUGAUUCCGGCGUGAGGCCCAAAGGCAGGAGGGAACUGCCGGCCGCUCCUGGCCUGUUUUUUUUCCCCGGAGAGCAAGCGCUGGGGGGGCUUCGCUUGGGACAGGGGGUGGGCGGGGGUGCCAGCCUUGUGGUCGCCCGGGACUGGGUGGACGGGGCCCUUGCAGCUCCUACAGCUCGUCCAUCGUGAAGCCGGGAGGGCGGUCAGGGAGCCGCCGCUGCCCGAAGCCUGGGGGUGUGCGUGGCCUGCGGACAGGGGAGGCGGCUCCCCUUCAGUCGUCCGGGAGCCCAGAGGAGGCAGGCUGUGGGGGUGCCCCCAGCACCCUGAGAGGACGCAGAGGCCGCGGCAGGGUUGGGAAGGUGUGGGCGCCCCCGAUAAUGCACAUGGACAGCUGGGCGGAGGUGGCCUCCUGUCCUCCGUGGACUCGAACGUACCCCAUGGAGCGCCGCACACAGCUUCAGCUUUGGGAAAGCGCCCUUCCCACUGGGAGGCCGGGCGAGAGCUGCAGGGAGCAGUGCGCCCAGCGUCCUGGAACCUCGGCCUGUGGAUCCCCCUGAGGCCCGAGGCGGCCGCCGCUUAGCCCGAGACAGGCCACUUGUGAAUUUGUGCCGCUGGUUUUGUAUUUCCUCCUUGGCACUGUUUUUACGGAUAAAGCGACUUGGUGGUCAACCCGUGAUUGCGUUUCCCCAGUCAUAAUAAAAUACGUGCAUUGGCAACAUGUCA